UCACUGAAGUUUUAUUUAAAAAAAAAAAAAACUGAAAAUUUCAACUUAUUGUACCCUUUGUUCGCGCUUUGCACAGGAAACGGGUUAACUCGAAAUUAACCAGGAAUCACUCGUAGUGAUGGUAUACUGUGAAGAAAUACUAGCCUAAAUCAUAUACGAUAUGUCCAAGUUAGUUGGUUUUUUGUUCCUCUGGUUGUAUUUUCUUAACUCGUCGCUCAGGUUAAUGGUGUCUGCUCAGUCUUCCACUUCGCCCUUAUCCAUAGAUGUGCUGCCUGAUGGAUGUGAAGAAUUGCUUCAACUGUUUGCCAACAAAACGUCCAAGUUCACGCUGUGUGUACUUACCAAUGCCAGACCAAUUUCAGUGUGCGAACACUGUGUGAACGAGUACAAUCAAGUGCUCUUGCAAUAUGAAAACAUUCAAAGGUUACACCACAAUGAUAGUGAAGUAGAUUGUCGAGCAGUAUUGACCAAUAUUGAUCGGUUACAAGUUGUGUAUGCAAGUUAUAAUUAUGUAUUAAACAUGUGGGAACAGGCGUCAUGCAAACUGUGUUUGAAUGGUACCGCUUUUAAUGAUAAGACAAAAACUGUGAUGAGACUAGGAAAACUUUUUGAUGCUUGUGUAUCGAAUCAUAUGAAUGGCACAACGUACAAUUCAUCACUUUGUUCUGACUGUCAAGAGGAUUAUCUGAACUUAACCAAUUACUAUAACAUAAACAAAAUUAGUAAAGAAUUUUGCAUGGAUGUUGUUGAUUUAAUUAACACAACACAAGCUGACUGGAGCUUGAAAUGGAAAUGUCAUAUACCCAACUACGAUUCUGAAUGGAUAUUAUUGACAAUUUCAUUUAUCAUACUCCUGUUGCCAAUUUUAUUUUAUUUUAUAAAUUGGAUUUCUUCCCCGGAAAUGACUAAUGAAUUACUGUCUCAAAAUCGUUGGCAUCAAAGAUUUAUCGAUGGUUCAACAUCAACUUCUGGAUAUGUAGUUAUAUCGUAAUUUAUGUUAUUUAAAUGUUUUUAAAUGUUUUUAUAUACUUCCAUAAACUAUUAUUCAUUUAUUCAAGUUUAUAUUUUUUGUUCAAUAAUUAUUGGAAUAUGACUUAAGUAAUUGUUGUAAGCUAAUACUUUAUGUAUUAAGUAUAUAAAAUCGAUUUAUAUUUUAGUUUCAUAAAUUAUUCACUGUGAUAUUUGUA